AAGUUACACAUGUCCCCCAAGGACACUGGCCACAGGACAACUGGACUGUGACACACUGCUGCGCUGAGUGAGGAUAGUCGUCUUAGGGACGCCACUGAACACUCUCCUCUCCGAGGGGGAAAAACAUAGACAAGUAGGGGUUGUUUAGAAAGUGCCAUGAAGCUACUGUGGAGCCUGCUGCUGCUGGGCAUGCUGCUGGCCGGGGGCUUUAGCGUGGCUCAGGAGGAAGAUGGAGAAGAGGCAGAGGAACCAGCCGAGGAGGCAGCAGUAGAAGAGGAAGAGGCAGCUGCAGACAAUGAAGAGGCGGUGGUGGAGGUGGCAGAGCCUGAGGGUCCUGGGACAGAAGCCGGCCCGACUGAUGACCGGAAGCCUUGUGCCAUGUGGAUGGGAGGAGUGCCAGGCACUUCAGGGCACAAUGGGAACCCAGGGAGAGAUGGGAGAGAUGGGCACGAUGGCCCUCGAGGAGAGAAAGGAGAUACAGGUGAACCAGGUGAGAAGGGAGAGACCGGCGAAAAGGGCGACAACGGCGCUCCGGGACCUCGCGGUUUCCCGGGCAACCCCGGUCUGAAGGGGGCACAGGGUGAGAGCGCCCUGUCGUAUCACUCCUCCUUCAGCGUGGGCCUGACAGAUCCAGUCCCCGCCACCAACGUGCCCAUCCGCUUUAACAAAUUCUUCCACAACGAGCAGCACCACUACGAUGACGUGAGCGGAAAGUUCCACUGCUCCCUCCCCGGGGUCUACUUCUUCACGUACCACCUCACAGUCUACACCAAAGAUGCUCGGGUGAGCCUGUUCAAGAACGACAAGCCCGUCAUGUUCACCUACGACCAGUACCACGAGGGCAACGUGGACCAGGCCUCGGGGGCCCUCAUACUGAGGCUGCAGUCUGGGGACGAGGUUUGGCUGCAGAUCUACGGAGAUGAGGAGUUUGGCGGGGUGUAUGCUGACAACACUAACGACUCCACCUUCUCCGGGUUUCUUUUGUAUCCCGACAUGGGGGAGUUGGAGGCAAGAAGGAGACGUCACUCUGUUGGAGUUGGUAGACACUGAGGUUUAUGCAGGUCUUGAAGGGUGAUGUAUAGAGUAGGGAAGGCUGUAGCGACCUUUUCCUGACUGCUCUAUAGGCCUACAUUGCCCUCUGGCUGGGGACUGAGGGGGGAGGGGUAUAAGUCGUUUCUUACAUUAGUACGUUUUUAAAAGGGUGCACAGAAUGCUUUAAACUUCUCAAAUGUUAGUUCUAUAUCUAUAUAUAAGAUGUUUCGCUUCAAUUGUUAGGUGGAUUCUAGCGUAAAAGAGACAUUAAAAUGAAGUAUUGAAUUGGUAUUGGAUGUAAUAACUUGUGCAAAGACAAACAGCCUAGAUGGCUUUAUGGCAGUGUCACAUAUUUAGGCAGUGUCUGUGAAAUAAUAAAAUGUGUUAUAGCAAAUGUAAAAUGUCAGCUAUGCUUUCUUUGUCAGAUAACAAACCACUGCGAUGUGAAAUGGCUGACAAGAUCCGCAACUGAGUUUUGCUUGGCUGCUACGAUAGGGACGUGGGCAGGUUUGAGCAAGUGUGUCCAAAACACUUCAGGAGUGUGGCAGGCCGGUCACCCUUUGGACAAUUUGCUGGUUUCCAUUUAGCCAACCAGUCGUUAGGGUUCGUCAGUAGUAUAGCCUAUAGAAUCAGGAUAAUAUUUAUUUGGAUAUUGACUUACUCUAAAGAUCAACUUUCUUUUAUCUUUAUCUUUAUCAUUGGACAAAGUUACUUGGUGGAUACAAUCCCCAAACUGAAUACAUCUGUAUUCUAGUAAAAACAUGCUCACAUAAGUUUCACUGUGCUUGUCUCUAUGCCAACAUUGAGGCACAAAUAGAAACUGGAGAUCAGUGCAAAUUGUUGUAAUGUGAGCAGUGGCUUCUAGAUGAAUCCACCUUCAGAGCCAAUGGGUGACCCCCAUGCACAUUGCAUCACUUGCUCAUGGACCAAUUAGAACUAAGCGCUCUUCAUUCUGGAGGAUCUAUAGCGCUAAAUAGUACUGAAACAGUAUCAUGCUACUCUUGGCCACUGAAAUGGUCAGGGAACCACAAGAGACUAGUCAGCUCCACAUGAGUACUGUCAAUAAUACCAAUAGAUGUGCGCUGAGGCAUUUCUUGAGUAGACAAGUGCCUUGUUCAGGAACAUGAUAUAAUAAUAAGUGUUUACAUGACCGGCAUGAGGUUUGCAUAUGUGUUGAUUUGCUAGUUGACAGACACUUAUUCGUUGAGUAGGAAAAAUACCAACAAAUCAAUGACAGAAUGCUGGCCAUAACAUCUGCCUAUGAAGGCCCCAAUGGUAAAUGAAUACCUACCCAUCUCCUGUUCAAUGUUCUCCGUCACUACCCACUUCAUUUUGUUGCUAAGGCUCAACUAAAUUAUCACGAUGAGAGACAGUAGAAAUGUGAACAUGUAUUUUAUACCUCAACCUUGAAAUUGUGGUGCUCUAAAAAUAGCUCCAUAUCAUAAACAAAAAAAUAUAUACACAAUUGCUAGUGAAGAAUGUAAAUGCUUAUGAAAGAAUCUCAGAUUGAUUGCUUUAGCCACCAUCAAAUCAUUAAUAAGGGCCAUUAUUCAUGCAUGUAUCCAGUGGCUGAGGUCAACUGAUUGGAUUCAUAUUUCCUGAUUGAAACGUAGGUUGAAGAUAUCUUCAACCUAGAUUAAAACCACCCAUUUAAAUUCUGAGGAACAUCACAAUGCAAAACUUGUGAUGAGCUCAGACAGCUUG